GCCGUGCCUGGCCGCGCCGAGCCGAGCGAAGUGAGCGGCGCGAGACCAUUCGUACGCAACACGCGACGUUGGUUGCGCGCGUGGCGUAGCGGCACGACGCGCAUCAGUUCAUUCUCGCGAGUGCGAAACGCCGGUCAAAAACGAUCACGUCGCGAACGAUUGAACGCGCGCGCGUCCCUCGUCAAAAUGUGAUCGAAUAAUUUUCCCGCUUUUUUUUUCUCGAGACACCCUGUCUUUCUCUUUCUCCUUCUUUCUCAACCGGAGGCGAAGAGCAGGAGCGCUGGCGAGUUUCGCGCUUCACGAGGACUCGCGGCUGACGGCGAACAUGACACUUACGUGAGAAACCGCAGUUUUCGAUGGAGAACCAGGGUUACGAGGGGGACCAUUCGCGCGCAGCAGAACAGUCCUCACUCGAGUCUCGCCACCGCGAUCAGCAACCUCGUGUGGAUACGAUCGACGUGCUUGGCGAGCCUGUUCUCGCGAGGACCACGACGCAUCCUGAGGGUCACGUAUACGAAGACAUCGCGACCGGUGCGGCGACCGACGAGCUUUCCGAGGGGACGAUUUCUGUUUGUCCCGACGAGUCCCGAGAUCCUGACAAGACUGAAAAUCAUCAGUCAAUCGAUCUCAUCAGACAGGCUUGGCUCAACAGACCGCCGUCCCCGGCGAUCGACAAGCUCUUCCAACAGGGAUCGGCGUUAACCUCCUCAGCUAAGAUCAGCACGAAUCACGAUAGUAUAACCACCUCGUCGUGGACGGCGUCCAGUGAAGAUGAUCCUGAGAAAGCUCUUGGGAAAUCUCGCAAUCUCCCUCCCCUCCCUGGGGCAGUUUCAGAUAACAUGUUCUCGUCAUCUCAGGCAAACGAAGACUCGUCCCGAGACACCUCGGUGACGCAGUCUGAUCGUCGACUAAAUCGGAGACGCAAGAAGAAGGACUGUAAGCAUUGCAGGAGCAAGUUAGCCGAUGCGAGCUCCUGUGAGAAGCUUGACGAGCUAAUCGCUAGCAAGGACGCGAUUCUGAGGGAGAACGGGAACAAUCUCCGAGGCAGAGACUCGAAUGCGUCCACUCUCCUGUUGCGGGAGUCGCAUUUGAGGCCACAUAACAUAAAGAUCUAUCCGAUCGUGAGUAGAGCGAGUCUCCGGGAUAUUGGCGUUAAGAAAAGUUUCGCCGCGUUUCACGCGUCCGAAUAUGGAGUGCAUACGACAGACAACACUGCCAAGUUCCUACUGAAUAUGGAGAACGAUAGGAUGUUGGGCCGGGUGAUGGAGGGUGCCCAAAACAAGUUACUGGGAGUGUCGGGGAAUGGGACUGAUAUGCGGAUUAACUCAAUAUACUCGCAGGACCGCUGGUAUGACAAGGAGUCACAGAUAUUUUACACCGACGUCAAGGAUCAAAAUCCUUUCCAGAGGGCCUAUUCCCUGCCGACGCGGACGCACACCCCGACCUCGCAGAAUCGCGUUAAUUUACGUCGUAGCGUCAGAAACGAGCCGCCACCGCAUCCGGCGCGCCUGGACAAGCACCGUCGUGGUUGGACGUUACACCUGGCUCGUCCCUUGAAAGCAUCCGUAUGCUCAAGCCCGCUCAUACCCCUGCUGAUCGUCGUGCUGAUCCUGCUGGGGGUCGCAGGGGUCGCAUUGUACAUCGUCUUCGAACCCGAGAAGCUCCAGAUCAUUCAGCAGUACCUGAAGUCGUCGACGGGCAGGUUGACGGGGCAGAACGUUACUUCCGGUGAGCCGAUCACGCCCGCGAUCCCGAACGACGAAUCAAAUCUGACGAUCGUGACGGCCGACAUGACAACGACGUUAACGUCGAUGACAACAGAAAUGUUCGGAGGGACGUUCAUCAUGGGCGCCCCUUUAAACUAUUCCGGCGACCCGUCAUUUUUGCCUUCGUCGUCGAACGAAAGCGCGAAAACGGAAGCUGCAAGUCAGAGCGUUAUUAAUGCGACGAGGUAUUGCGACGAUUGCCUCGAGGGCGAGGUGUGUGUCGCACUUGUCGACGAAGAAGUGCCGAUAUGCAGGAGCCCUCGUGACCGCGACGAUCCUACCGGAUGCGCUGGUUUCUGCGUCAUUAGCAAGCAAAAAUGUCACCGUCUCGACAAGGACGCUUUCAGGUGUAAGGAGAUUGAACACUACUGCCUGGAUGACGAAUGGACUUGCACCAAUAUGUUAUGCAUCCCCUUAGACAAGCGCUGUGACGGACAUAUGAAUUGCUACGAUCAUUCGGACGAGUACAAUUGCGUCUGCAAUCUGGAGACGCAUUUUCAGUGCGGUAACGAGACUUCCUGCCUUCCGUUGGAGAGGAGAUGCGACAGAAAGAUAGAUUGCUGGGACGCGACCGACGAGAUUAAUUGCACGUUAGGUCAUAAUCUUGAUAGGUCUUGCCCUUUGGAGAGCGAAUUUAGCUGUAACAAUGGGGAAUGCAUACCAAAAGUUCGCUUUUGCGAUGGGUUAGUGGACUGCAGUGAUGAAUCGGACGAACCUCACGGAUGUCAAGGGCGAUGCAAUAAACACGAAUUUACAUGCCAAAACGGUAGAUGUAUUGAGAAAGGAAUGAAGUGCAAUGGGAUUAAUGAUUGCGGAGAUGGCUCGGAUGAGAGACACUGCAAAGACCGGUUUACUUAGUAUUUACACAUGAAAGAAGACAUUGCCAAUCAGAGAAGGAUCAAAUACAGUAUUUUAUACAAAUAAAUGUAUGUAAUGUAUAUAGUGUGAUGUAUAGAGACAGAAAUAUGACAAUAUAUAUAUAUUGAAUUGCUUUA